AUGACUUUGGACAUAUCAGUCGGCGAGGUUUCGGGCUUGAUUGCCACGGGAGUCUUCGUGUUGCAACUCUUGAUACCACUGGCAUUUCCGUAUUUGCUUGCUGCAUAUGUUGCUAGAAAGAAUUCCGUUGUUACUUGGUCGGUAUUGGGCCGCUUCCUUCACACAUCCCUUUGGCCAAGCAUUUUACAAACAGAUACCGCAGCCAGCCAUGGCGUUCAAAAGCGAGUCGCGUCAGUUGGCCUUCUCCAAAUGUUGGCGCUCGGCCUGAUAUCGGUCGCCUCUAUUGUCACUCCCUUGGGUCUUUAUGACACGAUUUUACCGAUAGGCAACGGCCAGUAUGAAGAGUUUCAGUACCUCAAAGACUCAUCGCCUUUCGGUCUUGGUACCCCGUCUAGGAGUACGGCGCCUUUUACAAGGAGUUGCGGGCAAAACGCCUGUCCAGGGACCACAAAGAAUGAGACUUGCCACCAAGUUGGACUGGCACAAGUAUGCAACGGCACAAGGUUCGACCGAUUAAUUCCAGAGGUAUUGACAUCUCUGUUCAGAGAUGGAGCGACAUCGUUUUCAUCCACGGUGUCCAGUAUUUUUGAUAUACAAUGGAGAUCACAUUACAACAUGACGGAUCCAUUUGGUUCUCUCGGAUGGGGGCUUAUGUCGACGUACCGACAGAUCACGACGCUCAUUUUGGACGAGGAAAUGCAUGUAGUCGAGGGUCUAAUCGUGAACACCAAAACUGGAGGCAUUGGGUUUCGGAAUCAUACUGUGCCCAGGAAAACCUACCCAUACGGCAGUACAUGGACAGAGGAUCUUCUUUUCAUCCAACCAGAGACACAAUGCGUCGACAUGAAUUUCACAUUCAACUUUCACCUGGAAACAGUUGACAACUCUGUUCAGCUAUCAGCUAGUGGUGUGUAUAUUAAGGACGGCGGUGGUUUCUCCAAUUUAUCCAGAAAAGCGCCUGUUCAUUCUAUGAGCGUGCCGGCAUCUUACAAUGGCCAAGGAGAUAUAGAUUUGCGAUCAAGAGCCUACAAUGCAGCCUGGUUAACCAAUUAUCUCACCAUGUUGUACUACAAUCUAACCAAUCCAGAUAUAAAUAACAUCACGCGUCUGGACGCCAAGCCCGGCAUGGAACUUCACACUGGCCUCAAGACCCAGGGCACGAACAGCACGUUCUCAAUAGAGUAUCAGUCCAUCCGUUCAACCUGGACCUAUGGAGAGUAUCUAGACUUCAACAAAUCUGCUACUAGUACAAACCAUAACCCCUUUAAUGUGUCUGCAGAUCAUUUUUCUAAAAUUGUUGCGCGGUGCAAUGGCGCCCUUCUCAGUGACCCUGCAAAUCUCAACAGCAGCCUUGUCGGGUGUGGCAUUCUAUACGGCGCGGCCAAACGAACUGAUGGAGGAGACUCUCUGGUACCAGAUCCAGGCUCAAAAUGGGAGUUGCCAGUUUUUACCUGCGCUUCAUCCAUAAGUGCAAGCAUUCGAACCGUAACAUUCAAGUAUAACGGUACAGAUCUAUCUGCGCUACAGGUGGUCCAUGACGAACCUAAACGCUACACAACCCCUUCAGACAGACCACUCUGGGCCGUGGAGAACAUGGAGUGGCCCAUAUAUAAUAUCGGAAAUGAACAGCCGCUAUGGGGAGUGAUCGGAUCAGCCAACGGAACGGUAAAUACUGCUAUCAGGGGCAAUAUAACAACAGUUGUACAAGAGAGCCUCCGACUACCCGGGCUCAUAAAUGACGAUACGCUUCUUCUCACCACCUACGACUACAUCCCGUACGUUGUGGGUCAGAACCUGCCUGGUGUCAACUUCUAUACACAAGCAUUGAGAAGCGCUCUCAGCAUCUCGAAGCCAAGUGGGAUAAGCUACGGCGACUACUCGGGACUGACAGAUUUUGCACUCUACGCUAAAUGGCAGAGACUGUCAGCUAAUGCUACCGCUGCAUCCAACAUCAUAAACUUGGUGUGGACAGAUAUUGCCGCCAAUGCCGUCGUUGGAACCAAGGGCUGCGGUCUCACAUCCGCUGCUGCUGGCUUGAAAAAGAGAGAAGAAGCGGCAGGAUCCAAGGACAAUCUAGUCUUGGUGACUGGUUAUGGCAAACAAAUCCAGUAUAAAAUGCCUUUUGCUAUACCAGCAUUUGUUGUGCUUGGCGUUGCCUUAGCUGUGCUGCUGGCAGUUGUGGUUCUGACAGUUACCAAGAAAACAGGAAUCACACAGCUGCGGUACCUGAUCAACGCAACCUCAGCAGGUAGGAAUAUUGGCUUGUUACUGUGGCCAGAUGAGUCAGUGGGUUUGGAAAAGACGAGAGAUUGGGUCAAGAGGAUCGGCACGAGGAGUGCCAUGGCUACCGGCAGUACAUUCACGGCAGAAGAGGUCAAUGAAGGAGGCGAGAAGGAUGAUGAUAUACACGCACCAACAAAUAAGGAACCCAUAGUAAGCCAGGCGGCCACUACUGCAACGCCGGCUUGCACCACAGACACGAGCUAG